GCUCCACACCUAUAUAAAUCAUCAACAGUGGAUAGAUCCACAAAUCGGAAAAUAAGAGAAAAAAAAAAAAAUGGUAUCGUCGAUAAUAUCGAUCAAGGCGGCACUAGUCUCCACCGGAAUCGCCGCAAUGUCUAUGUUUCUGAAGUACUCUGUUCCCAUCGCAGUUGAUUUCUCCGUAUCGCGAUUCCCGAUCCUUUGGCGUUCGUUUCUCUCGUGGCUGAAACCUCCGUACAUCUUCGUCGCGUCCAACGUCAUAAUCACCAUCAUCAUAGCUUUCUCCAAGUUUCACCAGAGCAUUGAAGAAGACCAGGAGGAAGAAGUUCAUCAAUACGACGACAACGAUAUUUUACAAUGUGGCGAAUACAUAGCGUCUCAUCAGGUUGAGCCAAUCGUCGUCACCCACGCUCCUCCGAAGGAUGUGAAUCUGGACACGGAUUUCGAUUUCUCGGCGACGAUUCCAGUGGCGGAGGUGGAGAGAUCGGAGUUUGUGUACGAAGAGAAAGAUGAGGAGAUCAACGGUGGAGAUGAGUUUAAAUCGGAGGUGAAUCAAGGGCUGCCUAUGAUUGAAGAAUCGGAGAAUCUCACUCCGGUUGAGAAACCUCUGGUUUCGGCUAGUUCCGGUUACCGGAAACCGGUCAAAGCGAUCUCGAAAGGCGGUAAUAAAAAGAAGAAGGCGUUGGGAGUGGUGAAACCGAAGCGGCACGAGACGAGUAUUGAGAACACGUGGAAGAUGGUAACGGAGGUGGGUAAGUCAACGACGUUGACCACUCGUUCCCGGAGAUCCGACACGUUGGGUAACGGAGUCGGCUGCGAUGUGAAACGAACUGUCUUGAGGAAAGCGGAGACGUUCAGGGAUGUGACUAAUCAUCGACAGUCGUCGUCUACGCCACCGGUGAAGAUGAAGAUGAAGAAGGAGAUGUCGCCGAGCAGAGAUGAGCUGAAUCGAAGAGUUGAAGCUUUUAUAAGGAAGUGUAAGGAAGAGAGGUUUGAGUCUUUCAGAUUGGAGAAAGAAGAGUUUGUGGCUUAAUUAGAAUGAUGUUGAGAUUAAUUAGCUUUUCGUCUUUUGAUUAAUUAUCGUUUUUUUAAGAAAGACAAUCAUCUCAAAUUAAUUACUUUUUGAAUGAGAAUUUUGAUUUUAGGCA